CCUCACUCCAUCUUCCCAACAAACCCACCAAUCAAUUAGAGUCAUCAAUAAAUCAAACCGAGCUCUUUGUUUCACCACUAUUUCCCGAUUGUUGUGGCAAAACGAUAUUGCAAGGUAUAAUUUGACCCCUCACUCGAUACAGGGAUACAGACGGCCCAUAUUCAGCAAGCACCUCCGUGAGAGCUACAGGAACAGACUUGGAAUCAAAUAGCAUUCAUUGGAAAAGGCUCACCGUGGAUUAAUUAAGUCUUCGUCAGCAUAGUAGGGGGAAAAGUAUCUUUCAGUAUAAAGAGUUGUCGAAACUCCACUCCUUUGCUACAACAGUGGGCAGUUUGACGAGAUGUCUGCAAUUAAACUUGGUUUCCUGGCGAUCCGUACGAUUGCCAAACCAAUUGCCAACUCUAUAAAAUCUUACAGUGUCAAGCAUCCAAAAUUCAGAGAUGCGUGUAUUAGUGUGGCUCAGUUCUCACAUAAGACUGAAAUGCAGCUGAAGAUGAAGUUCCUGGGUUACAAAGUCGAGUCGAUCCGUCCCUUAAAUGAUGCCAGAGCCGUGGAAAUUGGUGCCAACUUUCUGGGUGAAGCCAUCAUUUUUGGAGUUGCUGGAUCAUUAAUUAUUUUAGAGAACACAAGGACACGCAUGAACGCAAGAGAUAGAAAAAAUCAUAUCGAUGAUUCACUCGAUAACUUACUGAUCAUCACAUCAGAGCUACGGGAGGAGAUCAAAGAGCAAGCCAUUGCCGCGGAUCAGAAAAUUGAGGAGCUUAGGCGAGAAAACCAAAUACUCAAACGAACUCUGAAUGAGAUUUUGGACGUCUCGUUACGCUUAAGGAAUCAUACCCCAUACACAGGACAGGAGAUUGGGAUUGGUAAUUCAACAGGAGGGUUUGUAUUACAAAUUGCGGAUGAGCCUAUGAUAAGAAGCUUUCCAGAAGAUUCGUCAUCAAACGCGUCUGCAUCGACAUCGCCGUCGUCGCCGCCGUCAUCAACGUCAUCCUUGACCACAAACACACCAUCCCGGUCUGUUUCAAAGGACCAGGAUCCAACAACGACAUCUGACAACAAAAAAUCACUAUUACAAUCGUCAUACGACUUUCAUCAUGAACAUCAUCAACUUGGACAUCCUCAGCAAGAAGAGAGCUUUUUCCUGAUUGACCAGGGAAGUUCAGCGUCACCACCUUCGCAGGAGAUCAAGAAGAGCCGAUGGGAGAGUAUUUCUUUGCCAUGGUCUCCUUCAGGGUCUUCUUCAUCAUCUUCUUCCUCUUCUACGACAGCUUGAGAUAAUAGAGAAUAAGAACUGGAGAGCCAAUAGAUUAUUACGUGCGCAGGGAAGGCUAAAGAAAUUACCUUGCACGCUUAUACAUGUUCAUAAAGUAUAGAGUGG